AUGAAAGAUUGCUUGCUUGCUUCAUUUCCUGGCGAUGAAGUGGAGUAUCUGAGUUCUGAUAGUAUUUGUCAAACUGAUAAAGGAAAGAACGAAGCACAUGCGAGACUAUAUUCUCCCGAUGUUCUGAAUGGCCUUAAAAUUUCUGGUCUGCCUAAUCAUCGAUUAGUCCUUAAAGUUGGUGUACCUGUAAUGUUGCUUCGUAAUAUUGAUCAACAAAAUGGUUUAUGCAACGGUACGAGACUACGAAUUACUAAACUUUAUAAACGUGUUAUUGAGGCUGAGAUUAUAUCUGGCGGAAACAUAGGGACCAGAACAUUUAUUCCACGAAUCAGUUUGACACCGUCGGAUAAAAGAAUUCCUAUCAAGUUUCAACGACGACAAUUCCCCUUAAAUCUUUAUGUUGCGUUAUCAAGAGUUAAAAGCAGAGCCAGUGUGAAGUUGCUUAUACUAGACCAAGAUGGGAAUGUAACGAGUAAAACAACAAAUGUAGUCUACAAGGAAGUUUUUUCCGGCAUUUGA